AUGGCGAGUCCAUUCUCGAACCUUCGGCUACCCACGCUGUCAAAUGGUAGCGCCAGAGUUGGCACUUCCCCCCCUGCCGACACGCCGACCGAGGAGGAUGUCCUCAUUCUGCCGCUGAUUCCGCGCCGCAACUCGGAACUGCCUCCUGGCAAACGCCAGGCCCCGCUGAAGCUGUCAAUCCCGAGUCCCCGGGCAUCGUUCGGAGGCCUUACGUCGCCAGAGAUGCCCCAGGUGCAGCGCCAGGCAGCGACGGCCCCGGUUAGCACCGGUGGACAAGCGGGCCCGUUCGGUCCCUCCGGUAGUCCUCGGUUGAACGAGUUCCAUCAGCACCAUGCGACGUUUCCGGAGUUCGACACGAUGGAGUCGCCCAUGCUGCAGCUCAACAGUGCCGAUCACUCGCCCAUCCUGACGCAGCUGAUGGAAGUGACCAGCCCGGGCACUCCGGCCAGCCAGGCCAGUAGCUGCAGCAACGGAAGCAACGCAUCCUCCAUCUCUCGCCUGAUGCGCCUGAGCCCAGGCCUCUACCACCACGCGGGGGGCACCAUGUCCCCGUUCCCGUCCGAGAUGGCGCCAAACGGAGGAGGUAUCGUCGGGUCGUCGGCACGACCGAGCGAUCGGCUCGGCGCCAGAGUUGGCACUUCCCCCCCUGCCGACACGCCGACCGAGGAGGAUGUCCUCAUUCUGCCGCUGAUUCCGCGCCGCAACUCGGAACUGCCUCCUGGCAAACGCCAGGCCCCGCUGAAGCUGUCAAUCCCGAGUCCCCGGGCAUCGUUCGGAGGCCUUACGUCGCCAGAGAUGCCCCAGGUGCAGCGCCAGGCAGCGACGGCCCCGGUUAGCACCGGUGGACAAGCGGGCCCGUUCGGUCCCUCCGGUAGUCCUCGGUUGAACGAGUUCCAUCAGCACCAUGCGACGUUUCCGGAGUUCGACACGAUGGAGUCGCCCAUGCUGCAGCUCAACAGUGCCGAUCACUCGCCCAUCCUGACGCAGCUGAUGGAAGUGACCAGCCCGGGCACUCCGGCCAGCCAGGCCAGUAGCUGCAGCAACGGAAGCAACGCAUCCUCCAUCUCUCGCCUGAUGCGCCUGAGCCCAGGCCUCUACCACCACGCGGGGGGCACCAUGUCCCCGUUCCCGUCCGAGAUGUCCGACAUUGCUGACACCGGGACGCCCACACCGACUUCAACGAGACACAAUCUGUUCGCCACCUCCAAUGCGCCAUUGUCGGGCUCUGCAUCCGGUUCCAGCGCAGCAUCCACCAGCUCGAUGUCGUCGUCUUCGGCCGCCCAGGAGCUACUCAACCGAAGCGUCGGCAGCACGAAAAGCUCCAAACUGUCUUCGUCCUCCACGUCCUCCUCGAGCACGACCACGAGCCAUGUGGCGCAGAGCACGUCCUCCUCCACGCAGCGGAUGUCCUCACUAAAGUCGUCGGCGGCCGCCGUCAAGCAGGGGCUGGGCGAGAUGCAGAACUCGAUCGCCGAGAUGAAGAACAUGAUGGGCCACAACAGCACCAGCACGUCCUCGACCACCACCUCUUCGUCGUCCUCGUCCUCCACGCAGCAGAGCUCGUUGUCCUCCGUGUCGUCGUCCAGCAAGAUGGCGGCCGUCGCCAACCACAACCAUCAGGCGCGGAAGCUCUCGAACACCCUGUCGAGUACCUCGUCUAAAAUCAGCGAUCUCCAGAAGCGGUUACGCUCGUCCAUGGACAGUCUCGACGAUCCACAGGGCCAGGACCCGCUGGUGACGUUCCCCGACUCGGAAACGGAUGACGAUCUGUCAAGCAUGACGUCGGCACUGCGUCCAAUGAACGGCACGAACGGUGCUGCCGGGCCGCUUGUACCAAACGGUCACGGCGGGCCGGCGACCCUCGCGGCGGUGAACGGCGUGGCCGGCACGAUCGAGUCGGUCAAGUACGAGGAGAAGAAAACGACCUCCGAGUCGAAGACGAAGGUGGUCAAGGAUGGGUUCAGCAGCGAGCAAGCGACGCUCGCGUCGGCCGAAUCGAAGAAGCUACACGCCGGCGACCUGCAGUACCAGGAGCAGGCCGCUCUCGCCGCCAUGAGCACCCGCACGGAGAUGGACGGCGUGACGGCGGAGGAGAAGGGCGCCAUACUGAAGGAGGCCCGCUCCAUGAAGAUGGGUGACUUCCAGCAGGCGGAAGCGAACAACAUAGCGGCCCACAGUCGGAAGGUGCAGAGCGAUCACUUCAGUGCGGAAAACAAAGCGAUAUCGCAGGCACAACAGAAGCAAACUGUGACGGCGGCCGGUAUCUUUAACCAGGAGAAGCACGUUUCGUCCUCGACGCAAUCCUCGUUCACAAUGUCGAACACGAGCACGAUCAGUGCGUCGUCGUCGGCGCAGAUGAGCACCCUGUCGUCGUCGACCCGGAACGGUAUGCUACAGGAUCAGCAAGAUUUCCCGUCGUUCGAGGAUCUCGAGCGGCUCGGUAGCUGCCCGGACGAGAUCGAGGGCACGAUCUCCAAGUACUCGACCCACCUGGAGCGGUACGUGCAAAGUCUCCAGCAGACGGAACCCCUGAAGCGAGCGCCCCCCAUGUUGAACCAGAUGAACGAGAUCAUCCGGCGGGCGUGGGCCGUCCCGACGCAUGGCCACGAACUCGGGGCGACCCUUUGCGAUACGCUCCGUAACACCGGCGGUCUCGAUCUGCUGAUGCGGAACUGUGUCGACAACGACUCGGAGGUCCAGUUCUCGUCAGCCCGGCUGCUCGAGCAGUGCCUGACGACCGAGAACAGGACGCACGUGGUAAAGAACGGCCUCGACAAGGUGGUGAACGUGGCGUGUGUUUGUACGCGCAACAAUGCUACGGACCAUUCGCGGGUUGGAACCGGCAUCCUGGAGCACCUAUUUAAGCACAGCGAGGAUACGUGCUCGAACGUAAUCCGGCUCGGCGGACUUGACGCGGUCCUGUUCGAGUGCCGCAAGAACGACGUGGAGACACUGAGGCACUGCGCAGGAGCACUGGCCAACCUCUCGCUGUACGGCGGAGCCGAGAACCAGGAAGCGAUGAUCAACCGAAAGGUACCGUCGUGGUUGUUCCCACUGGCGUUCCACAACGACGAGAACAUCAAGUACUACGCGUGCCUCGCGAUCGUGGUGCUCGUCGCGAACAAGGAGAUCGAGGCGGAAGUGAUCAAGUCGGGCACGCUCAACCUGGUGGAACCGUUCGUCACGACACACAACCCGUCGGACUUUGCCAAGUCGAACCUGGCGCACGCACACGGCCAGAGCAAACACUGGCUGGAGCGGCUGGUGCCGGUGCUGAGCUCGAAGCGCGAGGAAGCGCGCAACCUGGCCGCGUUCCACUUCUGCAUGGAGGCGGGCAUCAAGAAGGAGCAGGGCAACACGAACAUCUUCAAGGAUAUCGGUGCGAUCGAACCACUCAUUCGGGUGGCGAGCUCCCCGAACGCGAUCGCUUCGAAGUUCGCCGCCCAAGCUCUGCGGUUGAUCGGUGAAGAGGUUCCGCACAAACUGUCCCAACAGGUGCCGCUCUGGUCGACGGAGGACGUGCGCGAGUGGGUCAAACAGAUCGGGUUCAGUGAGUACGAGCAGCACUUUUACGACUCGAAGGUCGACGGUGAUUUGCUGCUGCAGCUCCAGGAACCGAACCUGCGGGAUGACAUCGGCAUCAAGAACGGGAUCCAACGGAUCCGGUUCGAGCGGGAGUUGCAGAACCUGAAGAAAAUGGCCGACUAUAGUUCGCGCGAUCCGGAUGGGCUGCAUAGCUUCUUGAACCGGAUCGGAGCGGAGUAUACGAUCUACACGUACGCGCUGCUAAACGCCGGUGUCGAUCUCGAAUCGCUACGCGAUCUGGACGAGGAUCAGCUGAUUUCGCCGUGCGGUAUCCGCAACUCGAUUCACCGGGCGCGCAUCCUGAACGUGAUCAAGCUGAGCGACUCGAUCCCGGCGUUCCGGUCGGAGCAGAGCAGCGAGAAGAGUCUGGACGUGUUCGUGAGCUACCGGCGGAGCAAUGGGUCGCAGUUGGCCAGCUUGCUGAAGGUCCAUCUGGAGCUGCGUGGGUUCUCCGUGUUCAUCGACGUCGAGCGGCUGGAGGCGGGCAAGUUCGACAACAAUCUGCUGCAAAGCAUCCGGCACGCGAAACACUUCCUGCUGGUGCUGACCCCGGAGGCGCUCGACCGCUGUCUGGACGAUGCCGAGGGCAAGGAUUGGGUGCAUAGGGAAAUUGUGGCCGCGCUCAACUCCGAGUGUAACAUCAUUCCGAUCAUCGACAACUUCCAGUGGCCGGAACCGGAGAAGCUGCCCGAGGAUAUGCGCGGCGUGUGCCAUUUUAACGGCGUGCGCUGGAUCCACGAUUACCAGGAUGCGUGCGUGGACAAACUGGAGAGGUUCAUGCGAACGGAGGCGAACAAUCGGGGCGACGUGCACGGGCGUUCCAAUCUGCCGCUCCGGCAGGCCGGGGAUGUGACCCCGUCGUCGGUGAUCUACCAUCGCACGCACAGCAAUGACUCGGGCAAGAGCAGCGACAAGGAGAACGGAGGGCGGAACCUCGAAUGACUAGAUGCCCCUUCGGCUGUCAGUCCGGCCAGUGG